AUGUCUAAACAACUAUCAAAUCGCGGUAUAUCUUAUCAAGUUAUUGAACAACCGAAAGAUAAUAACUUUGAUUUCAUUUAUGAAACUGGCGAAACUGGUGUUAAAAUGAAUUAUGGGACUAGAAAAAUUCAACGAAAUGCGACAGCGAAUCAAAAGAUCGUGCUUCUUACUAAUGUUCCGUUCCCUCCAGGAUUAACUGAAGAGGAUCUAAUAAAACCUAGAAAUAAAAAUUGUGAUAAAAGGAAAGUACCAAAUAAAUUCUUUAUAUAUAGAAAAUGGUACGCCAUGUGUUUGGAGAGAGAAGGACAGAAAAAUGAUCAAACGUCAAUUUCUCCUUAUAUUUCUGAACAAUGGAGUAAGGAACCUCAAGAUGUUAAGGAUUAUUAUCAUGAAUUGUCUAGACGUGCAAACAAAAUACAAAAAAAUUAUGAGAACAACACCAAAAAAGAUGGCGAACCACGUAACGAAGAAUUAUCUCAUUCUUCAGAACAAUUUGAGAUGGAAAAUGCGUAUGAUUAUUAUCUUACAAAUAAUAAUAAUAUGAACCAUGAGAAUAAUAACAUAUAUAAUCCAAAUAAAUUUAUUUAUUUAAAUAAUUAUAUACUAUGUCCUUCAGGAUUUACUGACGAUACCACUGUGUUCGAAGGACAAGUAAAUGAUAGUCAUCUGAUUUUUUAA